AUCCUCACCUUUUGCGAGGAGAUCCUGGGUAUCACAGCCUUCUUAUUGGAACAUAUCUCAACUAUCAUCUCGCCGUUCAUUCUACGGACAUAUCAGUGAUCACAAAAUGGCGCCGGUGCUUGAGCCUUUCUUCAAGCAGGUCGACAGUCUGUCCGAGUCAUUCAUUGACCGGUUGCGAAAGGCUGUGGCGAUUCCCUCCAUUUCUGCGCAGGAUGAGAAUCGAAAGGAUGUUUUUCGGAUGGCGCAAUUCCUUGCCUCAGAACUCGAAGCCCUCGGAGCUGAGGUGCACCAAAGACCCCUAGGCAAGCAGCCUGGAAAGGAACAUCUUGACCUCCCCCCGGUUGUCAUCGCUCGGUAUGGUAACGACAAGAAUAAGCGUACUAUUCUGGUCUACGGCCACUAUGAUGUGCAGCCUGCCUUGAAGGAAGAUGGUUGGGCCACGGAACCAUUUGAAUUGUCCAUUGAUAGCCAAGGUAGAAUGUUUGGUCGCGGAAGCACCGACGACAAGGGGCCAGUUUUGGGCUGGUUGAAUGUUAUUCAGGCCCAUAGGGAGGCUGGCGUUGAGCUGCCGGUCAAUCUUCUUUGCUGUUUCGAAGGCAUGGAAGAAUAUGGCUCGGAGGGUUUGGAAGAGUUCAUCCACUCCGAAAGCAAAGGGUUUUUCAAAGACGCAGACGCUGUAUGCAUCUCUGAUAACUACUGGCUGGGAACAGAGAAGCCUUGCCUGACAUACGGACUACGAGGAUGCAACUACUACUCUAUCAGCGUAUCGGGCCCCGCCCAGGACCUACACAGCGGUGUUUUCGGAGGUUCUGCCCAUGAACCGAUGACAGACCUGGUCAACGUUCUGUCCAAGCUUGUUGAUGCUCAAGGAAAUAUCUUAAUUCCCGGCAUUAUGGACCUUGUUGAGCCGGUGACAGAGGAAGAGAAGUCCCUGUACACUAAUAUUAGUUACACGAUGGAUAACCUGCACGAGUCAUUGGGCAGUGAGACCGGUAUUCACCCAACAAAGGAAAGAACUCUUAUGGCUAGGUGGAGAUUCCCCUCCUUGUCUAUCCACGGCAUUGAGGGAGCAUACUCCGCCCCUGGAGCCAAAACCGUCAUUCCUGCGAAGGUUAUCGGCAAGUUCUCCAUUCGGACUGUCCCCAACAUGGAAAGCGAGGAUGUCAACAAGCUUGUUUUCGACCACAUCAAGGCCGAGUUCGCCAAAUUGAACAGCAAGAAUAAAUUAGAUGUUUGGCUGCAGCACGAUGGAAAGUGGUGGGUUGCCAGCCCGAAGCACUGGAACUUUUCUGCUGCAAGCAAGGCUGUGAAGCAGGUCUUCGGAGUCGAGCCAGAUAUGACCCGUGAGGGUGGCAGUAUUCCAAUUACCUUGACCUUUGAACAGGCAACCGGAAAGAAUGUCCUACUCCUUCCAAUGGGCAGCUCCACUGAUGCCGCCCACUCCAUCAAUGAAAAGCUCGACAAGAGAAAUUACAUCGAGGGUAUUAAGUUGCUGGGUGCUUAUCUGCAUUACGUUGCAGAGGAGCCUUUGCCGUCUUCCUAAAUUCUUAUUCCUCCCGAAAAGGUGGUUAAUUCUAGAAUGAUCUCAAACAGCCAAUGACAUAUGGCGGAAGUUCAGUUUUGGGAUAGUAAAUAAGAACCAAGCAUUUGCCAACUUAACACUCUACUCGGUCUUCUAUCAAGUAAGAUACAACGAUGCGUCAGGCUAGUUGCCAGAUCUUUGCGUAGCUUAAGCGCCAUACAACUUUGAAGUCGAGCCACCUUGGGUUUAAAGCUCUGAACUCCGCCUUCAUCUGUCCUUGUGUAUCUCUUUGAGAUCCACCUUCUAUGUUUUACGGACUGCAGCGGCUGCGUCGAGCGCCUGUUGCACCCGACCCCGGAGGUCUGAGACAUCCUCCAAACCUACACUUAUUCUUACUAGAUCGAAUUCAAUACCGAAAGAAGCCGCCCAAUCCAAUUCACCGUAGUGGGCGAGUAAAGUAUACGGGCAACU